UUCACAUGCGGAACUUCAUCACAGCCAAAAUAUUGAAAGUCGAAAGCCCAAUCAAAUACAAAAACAAAAAAAGUGAGGAGGGAACUAUGUUGAAAGCACUCAUUGCAGACGAAACAGCAUCAGCUAAAUGUUUAGCUUAUGACCCAAAGAUGUUCCCUUUAUUCCAAAAGGAUGAAUGCAUUGUAUUACAUGAUAUUAUUAAAAAAACAGAUGGGGUUUUAAUCAUUACGCAUGGGUCUACAGUUUUCGCAACAGCCAAAGACACUGUCACUGUUCCAGCUACAAUACUUAGUGCAGUUCAAGAAGCUUCAGAAUCCAAGGAUGUCAGUAUUCUUAUAGCAGCAACAUCACCAGUCAAACAAGAAUUUAGUGUGAAAGGAAAAGUAGUCAGUGUUGGACAAUUGACAACAAAGAGAAAGAGGUCAAGCAAUGAAGAAAUUCCUUUCAAGCAGUUGAAGUUGAAAGACAAAUCCAGCUCUAUUAAAGUAGCACUCUGGAGGGAUUUAGCCACCACACCCAUAGAAAAGGGAAAUUAUGUCCAUCUCAAAAUUUUUUAUAAAACUUCUACAUUUGACUCCAAGAAAGAAGACCAAGUUCCAGUUUUGUCAAAUUCAACAAACAAAUCAGCUGUACUGUUCCUCCAGCCUCACUCAGACAUUUCUUCUUCCGAAGAAGACAUUCCAGAAGAAGACAACAACCAUGUCGGUCAGAUAUACGGCAUACAGAACAUUUACACCUACAGAUGCUGCAUUAAUGAAAAAUGUACGAAGAAAAAGAUCAACGAAAUGAUGACCUGCACAAAUUGCCAUAUCAAAUACAGUGACACUAGUGCCGGACAUGCUGCUGUUGUUAAACUUCUAAUGAAGAACAGCAGAAAUAAUAUGCAGAUUUUCACAGCCUUUACAGAUGCCAUUGAACAACUAUUCACAUCAAUGGGGAAAACUGCAAACUUUUCUGAUGCCGUAAUACUCCUCCAAACCUUUAAAGAACUCUUACCAGUUCCUGUGAAAUACACCCCAAAGGGUGACAAAAUUUCCUCAUUGCAAGCUGUUUAGACAGUAAAC